AUGAAACUGAUCAUCCUCGACAUCGUCGCCAUUCCCGCCUUCCUCGCCUACGCCCAGGGACCAUUCCUCGUGUCCGCUGCAUCUGCCGCCCCCAUGCCCGCCUUGACUGCCUCUUCCACCCCCAUCGUCGCUCCUGUCGAGAGAAGGUUAAGACCUUCAGUCAUAUCCGAUUCAAUGGGUCGAGCCCUGGUUGGUCUAUUCAAGGCGGCUAACGGUCUUGCUGAUCGAGUGAGUCAACUUUUCCUUGGCGGGGCGAGCAAAGCGGUGGGCGCGACCUUUAAUGGUCUCGCUCGAUCGUACGAGAAGUUUAGAGAUUUCAAAAUGCGCCGAUUUCGUACCCAGUUUUCCAAAGAUCUGAAUACAUUCGCAGAUCCUAAAGUGGUAAGGCUAGCGAAGGUUUACUUGCGGGCGAGCAAUUCGGAGGAAAAUGCGGCCGGUAGAAUGUAUCUCAAACACCUGAUGGAGAGAUGGAAAGGCAAGUCUUUGCACGACAUUAUUGAGCUUGUUAAGCCUCUAAAGGACGUUAAAGAACUCAGCUUGCUGGUUGAGCUCGACAGGUGGGUCGAGACGCGCAAGGCCGAGGCACAGGACAAGAUCAAGGCUUUGGAGAAGCGGCUAUCCCAUCCCAAGCCUGGUGACUCUCAAGCGGACCUAGAGGCAAAGAUCGUUGCGGAGACGAAAAGAGCGAAAGAGUCGCUUAUGAUGGAGCUGGAGGAUUACUAUCGGGACAAUACACUGUUAAAACUUUUGUAUCCAUCGACUGGCCGUAAAAAAGAUCAUCUUCUAGCGCGUCUGUAUAGACACUGGAAGGACAAAAGCUACACUGCUGUCGAGGUAGAGCAAAUGCUACGCGCCAUUGACCCAACGGUGUCCAAGGAUGAAGUCGCCCGUGCGAUUAAGGCGGUUGACUUCGUGUUAGGACGCUUGUAUGUCGCUUGA